AGAGGAAGGGGCGGGGCAGGGCGCCCCCCGAGAGUGCGGGGUCGCCGUCCAGACCCGAAGCGGUAACCCUAGAGACGCUCAGCAUCGCUUCUUCUCCCAGCAGGCCCCGGCCGGCCGGCGAUGGAGUUUCCGGACCUCGGGGCUCACUGUUCCGAGCCGAGCUGUCAGCGCUUGGAUUUUCUGCCGCUCAAGUGUGACGCCUGCUCGGGCAUCUUCUGCGCAGACCAUGUGGCCUACGCCCAGCAUCACUGUGGAUCUGCUUACCAAAAGGACAUCCAGGUACCUGUCUGCCCACUCUGUAAUGUGCCUGUGCCUGUGGCCAGAGGGGAGCCCCCUGACCGCGCUGUUGGGGAGCACAUUGACAGAGACUGUCGCUCUGAUCCAGCACAGCAAAAACGUAAGAUCUUCACCAAUAAGUGUGAACGCCCUGACUGCCGGCGGCGGGAAAUGAUGAAGCUGACCUGCGAACGCUGUGGCCGAAACUUCUGCAUCAAACACCGUCACCCACUGGACCAUGAUUGCUCUGAGGAGGGGCACCCAACCAGCAAGGCAGGACUUGCUGCCAUCUCCAGAGCACAGGGUCUGGCUUCCUCCACAAGCACCGUCCCCAGCCCAAGCCAGACCUUGCCUUCAUCUACCUCUCCCAGCAGGGCCACAGUGCAGUCUCCGUCGAGGACAGCGUCUCCAGUGACUGCUUUGCAGAAUGACUUGAGUGAAGAUGAGGCUCUGCAGCGAGCCCUGGAACUGUCCCUAGCAGAGACCAAACCCCAGGUCCCAAGUUCUCAGGAGGAAGAAGACUUAGCUUUAGCACAAGCACUAUCAGCCAGCGAGGCAGAAUACCGGCAGCAGCAGGCUCAAAGCCGCAGCUUGAAGCCGUCCAACUGCAGCCUGUGCUAGGGCCCUGGGCGUGGGGAGGGGGGCUCAGCUGAGGAGGACUGUGGCCCUCACACCUCUAGGGUACACAGGGAGAGGAGACCCAGAGCAGCCCGGAGUGAAGAGCAACGUGGAGGCCGCCUCCAGGGAGCAUCAGGAGAAACAGCUUGUGGAGCUGAGCCUACAGAAGGCCCUGCUGGCCUCUCCACUGCAUGAGAGAGAGCAUGAACUGUUCCCUGGUUGGGCCCUGGGAGGAUGCUGGUCAUCCCCCUUACACUGGGGCUGCCCCCACGUGUAGGGGGCAAGGAGGGGCCUGGAAAGAAUAAAGGAUCUUGGCAGUCAAUAAGACA